AUGAAGUCGGCCGACGAGCAAACUAAUGCUGGCAACACAUUGGAGGAGCCAUCUCAUCAUGACGGUGGAAAGCUGUUGCCAGAGUUCACGCCAGAACCACAAUCUCCCGGGAAGAGAAAGGGCUCGGAUGACGACGACGACCAGCCAUGGGUGGAGGAGUAUGUGACGGACGACUCCAAAUGGAUCCAUCGUGACAAGUUGGCCAAGAUUGAAAGCCAGGAGCUUCAGGCCGCUGGAUUGGUUAUCCCAAGGACGCGGGCCCCCAGCAAACAGCGACGAGACCGAAGCCGCAGCAACAUGCGACCAGGAACUGAGGCAUCGGAUUACGGCCAGAGCAGAUCCCGAAAGAAUUCAUCCUCAGUGGAGCACCGCCCUCCCGAGAUCACCGUUCCCAGCUGGGAUCUUAGAACGCCCGAGGAAAUUGCCGAGGCAGAGGCUAACACAUACUUCACAUCCAACGGACUGAAGAGUGGCUCGAAAAUCCCAGUGGCCAAGACAAGCCCGCUCCCCAUUGGGGCGGGCUAUCUCGACCGAGCAAAUACUGGGAGGAAAAACAGCGAGAGCCCGGAGGACGAUUCCAUCUCUAUGAAGAGACGAUCCCGAAGUGCAAGUGCAAGCCUCCGAGGUUUCGAAAAACCAAACCUGAACUCGACCGGACCCAAACGAUCAGGAACCGAUUCGUCACCCAAGAAGCUAGCAGGGCGCAAGACAUCCGGCGGCAUGAAGACGAACGCAAAUGCAAGACCAAAGACGCGUUCAGGAAGCAUCAGCGGCACCAGGCCAUCCACUCGGUCUGGUGAAUCGCCCCCGACUAAGCAACCGGAGGGAGACCCGCCGUGGAUGGUCAAUUCUUACAAGCCUGAUCCUCGACUUCCCCCUGAUCAGCAAAUGUUACCGACGGUAGCUCGCCGUCUUCAGCAAGAGAAAUGGGAGAAGGAAGGCACAUACGGAGAUGUGUAUGACAAAGAUUUCCGGCCUUUGAACGACAAGGCGCUGCUGAAGCCCCCCGAGAUGGCUCAGGGUGGCGACCACAAUGAUGAGCAUGGAGCGGAUGGCGACCACCUGCAGCCAUCAGAGUGGCCUCUCAAGCAGGGAGACUCGGCCCCUCGAAGCCCCCGUGUGAGGCAAGGCUCAUACUCAACCAUGCCCAAGAUCUCGGACAAAUCUCCUGCGAGCCCUCACUCGGCAAACUUUCAAAUCCCACCCAGUCCCCAGCCCCAUGGGCAAACUCAGACACACGUUUCUUCACAACCCAAGAGAGUCCCCGAAGAGAAAGACGAGGAUGCCAAGAAGGGCGGUUGUGGCUGCUGCGUGGUCAUGUAG